AUGCCACGAACGAGAACACAGUUGUGCCGUGGUGCGAUGGUGCUGCCCAUGCAUACUUGGCCGACGCCUCGCCUGUGCGCACAUCUGGUGCUGGCAAGGCAACAGCACGGUGUAUCUGUGGUGGGCGACAUCCACAAAGACACAGCACGGAAUGGGGGGAGGAGGACAGGGGAUGCGGGGUUUACUGAUAACCUCCCCCCAUCCCACUCACCCUUCCAUCUCUGCCCCCCCACUCCACCAUACUCAUCCUUCUACCUCUGUCCCCCACCCCACCUCCUCUGUCCCCCACCCCAUGAAGCUCACCCUUCUAUCUCUGACCCCCACCCCAGGGGUCUCACCCUUCCACCACUGCCCCCCACUCCACCACCACACUCACCCUUCCACCUGUUGUCCCCCACCCCUCCUCACCUACCCGCUCUGUCUCCACACUCUACUGUCCCCUCCCCACCAUCACCCAUGCACCUAUGCGUGCGAGUUCGUACCAUAGUUUCCACGCUGCAGUAA